GAGAAGCUUUGAGAGAAGCUUUUGCUUCCCUACACAAGCAUAUACAAGCAUACACAAGCAUACACAAGCAUUUCUCCUUUCUCUUGUCGACGCCUUGUACUUCUCGGCGUGCCUUGGCUGGCGGCGAUGCCAUUGUUCUUCGAACGCAUCGCAUGUCCACGGUUCUCUGCCCACGGUCUGCGCACCACUACUGUUCUCUGCCCACUGUCUGCCCACUGUUCUCUGCCCGGAUCUCCACCCCGUUCUGGGCUGACGGAACUCCCCCGGCAUCAGCCACAUAUUCCCACGGUCCCAACUGCCAGCGCGUGCCGGGAAAGGCAAAAAUACAACACACUUCAUCGAGCAUGUCAAACUCUUUCAGCGGAUUCUUCGCACGUCGUCGACGCCGGCCAAUCAGGGCGCGAGAAUCGUGCACGUUUCUUCCCAUCUCGUUGCCGGUGGCCAGCUCCAGAUGGGGCCCAGGUGGGGAGGCGCAUCGGGCACUAGCAGGGUCUUCACCCGGGCCCUUGACCUCUGCAGGCUUUCUUCCCCCUCGUCCGGCGCGUCCAUUCGCCAGGACUGAGCGCGUCGAUUCGUGUGGCCCGUUUUGCCCCUCGCUUCCCCAUCCCACACAUCAUCGACCGACUCCGUAUACCGUCCCGUGCACGUGCGACUCUGCCGUCCAGAAUACGAUUGUGGAUUGUAACCGUGCUAUGUAGAGACUGAUUAGCAGGGAACGUUAUACGAAGAGUGCAGUUGCAUCAGCAGAUAAGCCAGCCAGCCCGUACUGCCUUGCGAAUCGAUCGAC